ACAGCCAAUCCUGCUCCGUGUUAUUGGUCACCCGGCAGAAACAAAACUAGGCAGUUCGGAGGUACCAGCUAGCUUUAGCUUUAGGAAAGUCGUUAAUUCCUUAGGAAACAAAGGGAAAUUGUCCCAAAAGGACAUCGAUAUUGUAGAUAUGUUGUCUACUGGAGAUGUCCAAGGCUGUCUCCGGAAACUGGAGACUCUCCUGCGGGUGAUCAAGUAUCCAGGACAUGUCGACUACAACAGCCUUUCCAAAGGGGAUCCCUCUGCUUUUCUCCCCAUUGUGAGCUUCACCCUCACCUCCUUUUCUCCACCUUUCACUGAGCAGCUGAUGGCGGCGGGACUUGAGCUGACCGGCAAAACUGACCUCCGAUUCACGGACACUCUUUAUAAGGUGCUGCGUGAUAUCUUUCACUAUAAACCUGUUCUGACUAAGCAGCAGUUCCUGCAGUGGGGUUUCUCUCAGAGGAAAAUCUCUGUCACCUGUGACAUCAUCAACUUAGUCCUGCAGAAACACAACCAGCUGAAGAAGCCCAGAAUCAGAUGUCCAGCCUCAAACAAGGACUGCAGAGGAGAACCUCCGCUGAAACUCGCUGUGUCUGAUCAGGCAGUUGUGGUGAAUCACACAGUAAAUCAUUCCACUUUUCAUACAGAGGCUUUCUCCUCCAGUUCUUCGGGGAAAAAUUUCACAGAGCUGAUAGAAGAGGAGGAGGAGGAGGAGGAGGAAGAAGAGGAGGAGAAAGAGUAUCUGCAUCAUUCCUCAGAGGUCGAAGGGCGUCUCUCUGCUCUGGAGGCUCAGCUGCAGACCCUUCAGUCUGGACUGGAUCAGAUCAGGAUUGUGGAGAAACGGCUGGAGGAGCUGGAGACACAGAGACUCACAGACAAGAUUGAGGGAGACGUGGUGAUCAUAUCCAGAGAGAGCUGGGAGAACCUGCUGAGCAGAGUCGUUCUUCUGGAAACCAAAGUAGAACUGAGUGGCACACAGUUAAAUGUCCAACCAUCAUGUCUAUCCUCUUUCCAUCCUCCACCUCCCCACUCCACCAUCUCUGAAACCUCGAAGGAAGAUCUGAAGGAGAGGCUGGAGAGAAUCACAAACAUGAUGAAGAGCACCUCCAGUCUGCUGAAGGACAUCGAAUCUUCUGCAACACCCUGCAAAUAAAUGCUGAUUAAUAGUCAUUUUGUUAUAAUGUCGCAGUUGCACACUGGACCUUUUUUAUGUUUCAUACAAAAUCUAAUUCUGAAGUGAAUGCAUUUGUUUUAUUUUAUAAUAAUGUACAUGCCAAAUUAAAACUGAGAAACUUCUAGAAAAGUUUUUCAACCCGAGUUCUUUGAGUAUCAAAUAUUUAUUCAAUGAAAAUAAAUUUGCU